AUGUCCAAUGAAAAAACCAUAUUUUCUGGGUGCGUGGUAACCUUCUCUGGUGUGUUCGAGGCAGGGACACACUCGCACCUUGGCGAACUGGUACGAAAUAAUGGUGGGCUAGUAGUGGCCACUGUGACCAGGUCGACUACACAUUUGGUGGUGACGAAAGACGACUUGAAUAAACCCAGUAAAAAAGUGACGACUGCGCGUAAACAAAAUACCUUCCUUGUGACUUGGGAUUGGAUACAACAGUCCAUUGAAAAGGGGGCGAAGCUGGCAGAGUCAGCAUUUUUUCCUGACGGUAAUGCUUCAACGGAUGUCGAAACGCAGGACGUCAAUAUUAGUAACAUUGCCAAAUCCGAAAGUACUUCUCACAACGAAGCGGAAAUCAAGGAGACUCGAGCGAACGAUCAAGAUGAAAUCGAACCGAAGCCUGGUAGCAAACGUCGAAGAAAGGUCGUUACUUAUACCUCCGCUAUUACUACUCGAUCGAGGACCUCAAAAUCUGACAGCGCGUCUCCUUCCUCAGUGAUCGAAAAUAGUGAUACGGGAAAUGACUCAAAUAAUGCUAAUGACAACAACGUUAAUAACGUAAAUGAGGUGAAGGUAGUAGAUGACGCCGAAAAUAAAGAGAUCGUUUCCGAGGAAACAUUAAACCAAGGUGAUGCAAAAGAUAUUGAAUCGGAUAAUGAACAGGCGAAACCGGCCAAAAAACGUCAGCGAAAAGGCAAAAAUUCCGCGAAUUCUAAUGCUAACAAUGACGCGGAAGUUAAACCCAGUCAAUCACCCAAUAGUAAUAAUCAACCUGUGCCUGAAGCCGAAGCUGCAACUGUUAAACCGACGCGAAAAAGAGGGCGAAAACCCAAAAAUGCCUCGACUGAAAAAGAUAAUAGUGUCGCGGAAGUCAAAACAAACAAAGACGAGAUAAAAGAUGAUGAAUUGGAAGCGAAACCAGCCAAAAAACGUCGACCUAAUUCAAAAAAUUCGGUAGUUGCUACGACAUCAUCAGUUGAUAAUACUGCUACUACAUCCACUUCGGCUGCCAACGAUAAUGCAGACGAACAAAAUACAACAACUACUAUUAAUAAACGAGUCACCGAUAAUACAGAAAUAAUUGAAGAGAAACAAGAGGAAAAGAAAAUGGUGACUAUAAUUAAAAAAGGUGCAGCUCCGGUUGAUCAAAUGUUCCAAUUCAAAGACACAACUCAUGUAUUCGUGGAUGAAGAAGCAAUUUGGGAUUGUCUUCUGAAUCAAACAGACCUAAAAAAUAACAAUAAUAAAUUCUUUGUCAUCCAAUUGCUUCAAUCUGAUUCUGGCAGUAAUUAUUACGUAUUCACCAAAUGGGGAAGAGUCGGUUAUAAUGGUUCAAGUGUUACUUAUGGACCAACCGGAUUUUUGGAUAACGCAAAAAGCGAAUUCAAAAGGAAGUUUCAAGAGAAAACGAAAAACAACUGGCUCUUUGUAUGUAAAGAUAUCUCUAAUUUUACAACUCAUAAAACAAAAUACACUUUAUUGGUACGUGAUUAUGGAGGAGACGGUACUGAAGAUAAACCUGAAUUAUCAUCAUCUGCUGCUGCUUCCACUUCAAAAGAUGAAAAAGAGAAAGAGAUCGUUAAACCCCCGGAAUCGAAAUUACAUACAAAAGUUCAAGAUAUAAUUCAAAUGAUUUUUGACGUUGGUUCGUGGAACGAUGCAAUGGUCGCGUUAAAUUACGAUGCAACGAAACUACCACUCGGUAAACUCUCAAAGACUACAGUCAAUCAAGGAUACCUCGCUUUGAAACGCAUCGCAGCAGUUCUUAGUGGUGAAGAACAAGGUGACCUUACUGAACUCACCAAUGAAUUUUACACAGUCAUUCCGCAUAAUUUUGGGAUGAGAAAACCUCCAAUCAUCAGUAACAACGAAGUUUUGAAAGCUAAAUUACAAAUGGUCGAAACAUUGGGUGAAAUUGAAAUUGCGUCAACUUUACUUAAACAAGCUAACGAAUCACCCAAGAAUCAAAUUGACGCGUAUUAUGAUUCUCUCAUGCUGGAAACCCUGGAACCAUUGGAUCAUAAUUCCAAAGAAUUCAAAUUAAUAGUUGAAUACGUCAAGAAUACUCAAGGUGCCACGCACGACUACUAUAAAUUGGAAGUAUUGGAGGUCUUCGACUUGGAGCGAAAGGGUGAACGAGAACGUUACGAGCCUUUUUCAACUCUUCACAAUCGAAUGUUACUUUGGCAUGGCAGUCGAAAGACUAAUUACGCUGGCAUUCUCUCACAGGGAUUACGUAUUGCGCCACCUCACGUUCCCAGUACUGGUUACAUGUUUGGCAAAGGAGUUUACUUUGCUGAUUGUGUCUCAAAAUCCGCAAACUAUUGUUAUACUGACCAUCGAAGUAACAUUGGCUUAAUGCUAUUAUGCGAAGUUGCAUUAGGUGAUAUGUUGGAAUUAGUAAACGGUGACUAUAACGCCGACUUACUCGUGAAAAAUGAAGGCAAACACUGUACCAAAGGUCUCGGACAAACUAUCCCAGAUCCGAAAGGAUCUACCACUUUGGAAAAUGGGACCGUGGUGCCAUGCGGAAAAGGAAUUGGCUCGAAGAAAGCAAAUUAUCUUCAAUAUAAUGAAUAUAUCGUCUACGACACAAAUCAAAUAUUCCAAAAAUAUUUGUUAAAAAUUAAAUUCAAUUAUGACCGUUAA